CUCUCCCUCCCCGACACUGUAGCCUCCCGACAUCGACCUGCGCCGUCGCCGUCGCGUCGCUUCCGACGACCGACGGCCGGCAGUGGGGCCGCGACGCCAGCGACGCACGCACCAGGAGGGCGCGGCCGACGUCGGAGAUGCCGGGAGGGGAGUCGGCCAAAUACAGCUGCUUCUGUGGCCUCUCACAGGACGAGAAGAGGCGGAAAUGGUUCGCAGGUCGCUGCCCAAUGUGCCACACCAAGACCAAGUACCCGCUCCGGCAGCAGGGCUCCUUCGACACCGCUACCGCUGAGCCGACCAGCGCCCGGGGCGGCGGCGGCGGCGGCGGCGGCGGCGGCGGGGGCGACAGACUGACCGGAAAGGGCCGCAGUCGCAGUGAGGAGCGACUACAUGGCUGCCGGCUCACAGACGUGCCGCCGCCCCUGUACUCGCACCGCCCGCCGCGGCGAGACGCCAGCACAGAAUGGCUGGACCCGGCGGCGCUGUCCACCAGCCCGCCGCCUCCGUACGCCACGGCGAGACACACGCGGCCGCCGCUACCGGCCUACCCCGAUAUGGGCGACAGCGGCCGGGGCAGUAUUGCGGGACAGUCUACCGACCAGGCGGCGGCGAUGGCGGCGACAUCUAUGGACGGCGCGGCGAACUGCCCCGACUGUCCGAGCUGCAAUGACCUGGCCGCCGAGAUGGAGCAGAGAGAGUAUGAGAGGCGGCUGAUGGAACAGUACUCGGACUCCAACGGACGCGUAUGCACCUGCGCCAAGUGCCAGGAGCGGUUCCACGAGCUGUACCGCCAGAUGAACGACGACAGCGCUCUACCGAUGGCCACCCCAAUGCUGAUGCAGGACGUGCUCAGUGACGGCCUGGCCUUCUGCGUCAUCCAGUGACUCGGUAAACAUCAUGGAAUGGCGGCAGCGAGGUUACUGUCGGCCGCCACCGGCCAGCGCUUUUGACCGGAGAACUACCGACCGUCGAGCCCGAGAGGCGAUGAGACUGCAAGGGAAUUCUCUAGUGACGACUGCAGGGUGGUAUGUGAAGCCGCUUGUAUCGCAUUCAGCGCCAAUGUCGCCGAAAAGACGCGACAGUGCGCAAAGUAGCUUGUCACGGGCGUGGGUCGGGGGUAUGUGGGGCUGUUUAAUGGUAUUAUUGUCUGAUCUGCGGGAGAGAGAGAGAGAGAGAGAGAGAGAGAGAGAGAGAGAGAGAGAGAGAGAGAGAGAGAGAGAGAGAGAGAGAGAGAGAGAGAGAGAGAGAGAGAGAGAGAGAGAGAGAGAGAGAGAGAGAGAGGCACACGCACAACAGAUGGCAGUAUGACCGGGUCACCGCUGGCCGAAGGUCACCAUCCGACCCCUGCACGUUAGCUGUUAACUAACCGUCGUAUCGUGUGCCGCAUUCGAUGUUCGGAUUAUUGUUUGAGGCGGGAGUGAGCACCAAGCAUGUUCAAUGUCAGAUCGGGACAGUGAAAAGAAACACGUGACAACAGUCACGUAUAUACUUUGACCGAAUCUCAAGUAGUGGCCAACACUUGCACGGGUUAUUGCAGCUUAAGAAGCCCAACGUUAGUUCUAAAUAGCUUAUCUCCAUAUGCUAAAGUAA